CGCCGGGCACCCACCUGCAGCCGCCGGCGCCGGGCUCGGGGCCGGAGGGGCGCGCAGGCGGCGGGCGGUGCUGCGCUCGGGCGCGGAGGGGAGCGCAGGCAGCUGCCGGCGAGGACCGGCCCCACGGCAGGUGAGUGAAGCGGCAAGAAGCUCAGUACUCCUGGAUGGUUGAAAUCUUGGCAAGCAGCGUCAGUCAAGCAGUGCAGCAGGAGCCAUGUCUCUGCCCUUCCGAAAAGAGUUGGAGAAAUACAAGAAUAUCAAUGAAGAUGAAAUACUCAGCAAACUCUCAGAGGAUGAACUGAAACAGCUAGAGCAUGUUCUUGAUGACCUUGAUCCUGAGAAUGCCUUGCUUCCAGCGGGAUUUCGGCAAAAGGACCAGACCACGAAACCUGCCACGGGCCCUUUUGACAGAGAGCGCCUGCUCUCCUACCUGGAGAAGCAAGCACUGGAGCACAAAGACAGAGAAGACUUUGUACCAUUUACGGGGGAAAAAAAAGGAAAAAUAUUUAUCCCUAAAGAAAAGCCCAUAGAAACCCGUACAGAAGAGAAAGUGACCCUGGAUCCAGAACUAGAAGAAGCCCUGGCCAGCGCUUCAGAUACUGAGCUCUAUGAUCUUGCAGCUGUUCUUGGAGUGCACAACAUGGUCAACAACCCAAAAUUUGAUGAAGGAGGAGCCCGCAGUAAAGAUGGAAAAGGAACUGUAAGAAAUGUGGUGAAAGGUGAAAAGGUCAAGCCCAUCUUUGAGGAGCCACCUAAUCCAACCAACGUGGAAGCAAGUUUACAAAGGAUAAAAGCAAAUGAUCCUAGUCUCAUAGAAAUCAAUCUUAACAACAUAAAGAAUAUUCCUAUUCCAACACUGAAAGAAUUUGCAAAAGCUUUGGAAAGCAACACGCAUGUGAAGACAUUCAGCCUUGCAGCUACUCGAAGCAAUGACCCGGUAGCUAUUGCAUUUGCAGAUAUGUUGAAAGUGAACAAAACACUGAAGAGUCUGAAUGUAGAAUCCAACUUCAUCACUGGCACGGGUAUUUUGGCACUGAUUGAUGCACUGAAAGAGAAUGAAUCCCUGACAGAGAUUAAAAUUGACAACCAGAGGCAACAGCUGGGGACAGCUGUAGAGAUGGAGAUUGCCAAGAUGCUGGAGGAAAACUCCAAGAUUCUCAAGUUUGGAUACCAGUUCACCAAGCAAGGUCCAAGAACCAGAGUAGCAGCAGCUAUAACUAAAAACAAUGAUCUGGUUCGUAAAAAGCGGGUGGAAGCAGAGCGGCAGUAGCCACGCCAUAGAGGAUGCAAGGCAAGAUUGGAGGCCACCCACAACUGCAAUCUCAGAGUGCUCACUGGUCAGAAGGGAGUAUAUAAUGGGAAUUGCUCAUUUCUCUUAAUGUCUCCUUUUAACCUUGAAAACACAGCCUGUUCGUUUUUAACUUUCAAGGUUAAAUUUAUUUUUUUUUUGUGAGAAAGAAUCACAGUUGGUUUGAUUUUAAUGGAAAAAACACCAAAAUGUUUUGCAGUAUCUGACGCCAAUAUGCAGAAUCUAAACUGUGUUACUGAGCAUAACACAUAGUGAUUCUGACCCUUAUUUUAGAUACCUUUUGACAUGUUCAAUUAUGAUCUUGUGUAUGAUAAGGGAUUCUCUGCUGAAAGUAGAAGUUUUAGGGCCAAGUUCUGCAAUGCCUUAUGUUUGUGAAUAAUCCUUUGUAUAUAGUCCUGCUGAACUAAAUCCUGCAAUGGGAUGCUCGAACUAGUAAAGCCAGUACAGGUUUGCAGGAUCACACCCUUGAGCCUCUCUCCUGCAGCAGGAUCUGAGCAACUGGAACAGCACCCUUCUACCUUCUUGGGUCUCCACCCAUCCAGGUCCAAGUGUAGAUUCAUGCCUAGACAUCUAAACAUUGUCAAAGCCUACUUGUUUACAUAAGCUUAGGUUAGGUGCAUCAUUUUGCAAUGUUAUUUGUUAUCCUUACUCUACAUUGUAAAAUAAUAGUAGUGCUGCCAAUUCUAUAGAUUUUGAAUGUUUUGGAUUUUAUAGACCAACAGAUUUUUAUUUGUUACUAGAAUGCACAGUUUACAGCUAUUAAUCUUAAUCUAAACAAGUAUUCUCAGCAAUAUUUGUUUUGCUUUGAGCCAUGUGUUGGACUUUUUUUAGUUCUAGUAUUUAUGUACAUUUGUUAGUAUUACAGAACUGUUCUCAGGACCUUUUAGAUGAAGAUUAAUUAAACAAUUAAUCCAGGAAAGCAGCUGUGCUGCCCAGAAAAGAAACAUCAGAAGGGUAGUUGUGACAGCUACGUAACUUACAUUUAUAGCCUCCAGUUAAGGUUUGUCCCUGUAUCACAAAGCACCUAGGUAUUCACAUCAGUGAUUACCUAAAUAAAGGCAGAUUUAGCACAUGCUCAAAUGCUUUGCUAAAUCAGAGCCUUAACUCAGAUGCUUGGACAUGAUCUUAACCCAGUGGAAAGCACCCCUAAAGAAGCAGCAGCUAACCCCAAUGCUCAAAAGCAUCAACCUUUUAGUGAGAAUUCAGUCUGAUGUUUCAUUUUGUGUAUUUUGCAGUCUAGAACUGUUCUUCUACCACUGUUUUAUCACUGCCAACAGUUGCCUCUGACUAACAGCCAGAGGUUCAUUUUGCUUACACACACACAUGCUGCAAGAGCUAAGGGAGACUCGGGUUAGGUGCGUCACACAGAUGUAAUGCUUUCAGAAAGCUGCAAAAAUGACCUGGGACUAGAGCUGCUACCUGGGAAACACUGGCCUCUCCUCCAGAACAACAGGGAUGAAGCACAGCUUCCUGCAGAUGAUGGAUGAAUGCUGGAGGUCAUGGUCACUACAGCAUGCUCCUGACCUGCGGGGAGAGCUGUGAGCCACUGUGCAGCUGGGCAUCCAGGGAUUAGAACGCAGGGGAUCCCAAGAAGCAGUUGGUACACGUUUGACAUACUUCCCUGAGUGAUGUCUUCAUGACCAGAGCUGGGGUGCAAGCUGACAGGAUGCACCCUCCCUCCGUGCCUUUUAUAAUGCAAAUAAGUAGGUCCAAGGCAACACUCUCUAUUUAACUCACUGUUAAACACUGGCCCUCACACUGGGGUCCAAACUGAGUAACAUACACUUAAAUCCCACUUUAGGAGACUAUUCUAAGUCUACUGAGCUGGGAUGCAACGAGUGUUAUCUACAGUUUACCUCCCUAGAGAGCUCCCAGUCUUUACAAUUUCCACCUCUCCCUCUCUUCCCCAGAAUAAGGCUGAAACCUUUGCUUUGCAAAUAGAAAACAUAAUACACCAGGGAGUCUUGCUGAGGUUUUCCCUGGAUCCAUGCAAGAUUUUUUGGGAAAAACUUUGAUAUCCCAUUAAAAAAAAAAAGUCAAGUUCUGUAACACAGUUGUAACUCUGCAUGGGCUUAAAAAAACAGUCCUUAAAACCUCUGUGGAUUACCAUGGGAAUACUGGGCUUUGCAGCACAAAGUCUUAUGGAUAGGAAAAAUCCUCAUCCCCAAAACCUAAAGAUUAUGGUUACUAACAAACUUCAGUGAUUAGACUCACACUGCCCCUAUUUCUUCCUCAUUUGAUCCAACCAAGGGAAUCCCAACUGUUAUUUUUUUUUUAAUGUAUUUUGAAGAUAUUUUUAUUACUGUAACUUUUUUUUUAAGGGCGGUACAUGUAUGUUUUGAAGGGAAACAAGUGCAAUCCAUACUAGUCUUAAUUGCUAUUUAAAGUGUUGGUAUUUGCAUGCAGCAGUUUUACAAGGAUGGAACGGUCUGACUGCUCCAUGAUGCCUGCAGCGUGUCAUCCUGUAUAGCUUUGCUCGGAGCCACACAGUGGUUAUAUAGUCUGGUGGCUCCAUCCACAUUAGCUACAGUUUGCACCGUGGACCAAUGUACCUGGCUAGGGAAGGUCCUGGGGGCUCUCCAUCCCUUGCUGUGCCAUGCUGUCUGCACAGGCACAUUUCCUCUGAAGGGAGGAUUCCUCAGGCACUUGGAAGUAUCUGUUCAAACCCCAGCCCCACCAUGCACUAGCAGACAGUGCCUGGAGCUGUUCCCCCGUGGCAGGGACCUGGGAGGUCUGGCUCCUUCCUGCAUGCAUGAGGAGAAUUCCUCAGCCCUGGCCAUUCUCUCCAGGCAGCUGCUGCCAGCCCCUGAUGGGUGUCUCAGUGACCAGGGACAUCUCUGUCCUGCCUCUUGUGUGGGUUCCACACGAGCUUGGCUGUCACCUGGCCUUGAGCAUCACAGUUCAAAUAACUUGCACCAAUAUAAAGAUCUGUUCAGUACAACAGCAGCCCACGAUGGUGAUGCUUGAAGGCAGAUUUUUGUAUUAAUAUAGAUAUAAUAUCAUUUAGCUGGAUAAAAAUCUCUGCAGCUAACAUGAAGGGGGUUGGGAUGUGACUAUUUUAAAUUCUACUUCCUAUUCUCAGUACUGAAUGGAGAACAGGGACAGAAGAGCCCUUUUUUCUUACGCAAACAUUCAGGAGUAACUUUGUCUGGUUUUGCACAUUGCUUCUUGUGUUGACAGCUUCAGUUUGGUUUGUAUUUUUUAUACUUUUUUCAUGGAAAAAUCUCAACUUCGUACGUGUCCUAACAUAUAUGUGAACAAUGUGUGCACUAAGGAUCAUAUGUGUACAUGUAUAACUCUAGAUGAAGAUGUAAUCUCUGGAACAGAAGUAAUUGCAUGCGCACGGUGUGGUGCAUAUUACUCAAGAGGGAGAAUCGCCACUCUAUGUAACAGUGACUCCCCAGCAUCAUGGGUUUUCUAAAUAAAUCUUCAUAAAGGA